AUGGGCGACACUGUUGUAAUGGAUUAUUUGGCACCAGCGAAAACCGAAACGCAGCUAUCACUUGUAACUGCAGCGAAUGGUUCUGAGAGCACAUCGGCUUCUCGGUACGACUCUGUUACCACAAAGUCUUCAGCUUUGCGCUGUCGUGGCACUAGAAAUAGGCCUUCUGAAGCCCAAGAAAUCUGUGAAGAGGAUGAUUCGGCAGAAGCACGUGACAAGGAGACGAUGCGUCGUCUUGAAGAUGAAUAUCGAUCGUCCUGGAGGCGUAUCAUGCUUCUUAUUCUUGCUGUCACCGUGCAUAAUAUACCUGAAGGACUUGCAGUUGGUGUAGGAUUUGGUUCCGUUGGAAAGACUGAAGCGGCUAAGUUUGAAACUGCAUUCAACUUGGCAAUUGGCAUCGGCCUCCAGAAUUUUCCUGAAGGACUGGCUGUUUCCCUGCCAUUGGCUGCCUUUGGCCAUUCGAAGCUGAAGGCGUUCUGGUACGGCCAGUUGUCUGGAAUGGUUGAACCAAUCUCAGCAAUAAUUGGAGCAGCUGCUAUAAUAAUGAUGGAACCAUUGCUGCCGUAUGCGCUUUCCUUUGCUGCAGGAGCUAUGAUCUACGUUGUCGUCGACGACAUCAUUCCCGAAGCACAACGGAGCGGUAACGGGAAACUUGCCUCAGUUGCCUGUAUUAUUGGUUUCCUAGUGAUGAUGUGCAUGGACGUAGGUCUGGGUGACUCUGGUGAAGACCCUAAGUAA